GCUAUUAAAACUGCGCUAUACCGGAAGUACCGCCUCUUUUUCAUCUUCUCUUUGCUAACACGGCGUGCAGUCCGCUGACACGGCGCCAUGCCUCGCAAGAUUGAAGAAAUCAAAGAUUUCCUGCUCACAGCCAGGAGGAAGGAUGCUAAGUCCGUAAAGAUCAAGAAGAACAAAGACAAUGUCAAGUUCAAGGUGCGCUGCAGCAGAUAUCUGUACACGCUGGUCAUCACUGACAAGGAGAAGGCCGAGAAGCUCAAGCAGUCACUUCCUCCCGGUCUGGCUGUCAAGGAGCUGAAGUAAAUUUAUGUACAGAAAAUUGUAAUAAACAUUGGAAAACUCAAGA